UGCAGCUGCGGGACAGAAACAAACAAUCCGGUUGUUCAAGUUGCGGGAUUCGAACGCAACACGUCACCGAACCGUGAGUAACCGGAGUUUGUGGCGGGAUUCGAACCGAUGACGGUUCAACCGGAAGGAGACAAGUUCAGAGGCCGAGGCUGGUUGUGAGCUGUGAGCCGCUCAUCCUCACUGAACCUGGAUCAGAUCACUUCCUCUUUACCGUCAUCCCAUCCGGACACUAGAGGUGAAUGAGAUCUACGCAGGAAGUGGGGCUCAUCACAUGGGAGUGUGUGGCGGCGUGUGCGAGGUCGUGUGUUCAGGCCUCCUGCUGUGGCCCGCUCGUCCCGGACCGGCAUGGCGGGGGUCCGAGAGCGCGGCUCCCGGACACAGAGGCCGUGGUCGGUGUACCGGGCCACCACGUUCGAGCUGUCCGACGAGAUGAUCGGCCUGGCUCUCGCAGGAAAUAGUCAGGACCCAGACGAGCCUGUGCUGGAGUUCAGCGUCGUCUGCACAGACCUGGUGACUCCUGCUCUGGAUCGAAAGCCCAACAGCUUUGUAGCAGUGAGCUGCACGACGCCGCCUCAGGCCUUCUGGACCAAACACGCCCAGACUGAGGUCAUAGAGGGCACCAGUAACCCCAUCUUCCUCAGCAGCGUCGCCUUCUUCCAGGAGUCCAACAUCAACCAGCAGACGCAGGUGAAACUGGCUGUCUACGACGUGAAGGACCGCUCGCAGGGCACGAUGUACCUGCUGGGCUCGGCACUUUUUCCUGUCAAGGAGAUUUUGCAGGAGAAGAGCCACAGACUCCAGCUGGAACUGAGAUCUGCGGAGAACGUGCGUGUGGGGAACAUCUCCAUCACAGCCUGGCAGAUGGAGGACAGAGCGGACCAGAGGAUGUCUCUCAACCGCCUGCCAGACGGCAUCAACGGCCGGACGGUGCUGACUGUUGACGAGAGCCUCACGGAGUCGAUGGGAGUCCGGAUCAAGUUCGCCUCGCUAUGCAAAGACACCCUGCUGCGCUCAGUGUUCGGAGGCACCAUGUCCAGGAUGUACCGCUUCCCCACGACGGACGGGAAACAUCUGCGUGUGCUGGAGCAGAUGGCCGAGAGCGUCCUGUCGGUCAACAUCCCCCGACAGUUCGUCAAGCUGCUGCUGGAGGAGGACGCGGCCAGGGUCUGCGAGCUGGAGGAGCUGGGAGAGUUGUCCCCCUGCUGGGAGAACCUGCGCCGACAGAUCGUCUCUCAGUACCAGACCAUAAUACUAGCUUACCAGGAAACCCUGUCCGACCUCAGUGAUUACAGAGGGCCGUCAUUCAAAGCCAGUAACCUGAAGGCCGAGAGGAAGCUGGAGUUCAUGCCAACCAACCUCCACGUUCAGAGGAUGAGGGUUCAGGAUGAGCUGGGCUUUGAGCACACGUAUGAUGUGAUCACAAUCGGAGCUCCGGCCGCUCACUGCCAGGGUUUUAAAAACAGCGGCCUGAGGAAACUCAUCCAGAAGUUUGAGGAGGCGAAGAAACACAGCGCGCUCUCCAGCUCGCAGUCCAUCGUCUUCAUCCCCCAGGACAUCGUCCGGGCCAAGGAGAUCAUCGCCCACAUCAACACGCUGAAGACUCAGGUCAGCUACUACGCCGAGAGGCUGUCCCGCGCUGCCAAGGACCGAUCGGCCAGCGGCCUGGAGAGGACGCUCGCCAUCCUGGCUGAUAAGACCCGUCAGCUGGUCGCCGUGUGCGACUGUAAGCUGCUGGCUUCAGCUAUUCAGGCCCUGAACGCCGCGCGGCCGGAGUACAUCGCCUCCAAAGCGUCUCCUUCCGCCGACUCGGAGCAAGUAGUCCUCCGUAACGACCAGGACACACUUCUCGCCAAGUGGAGCGGCCGCAACAGCCGAUCCUCGCUGCACGUGGACUGGCACGAAGAGGAAUGGGAGAAGGUUUGGGUGAAUGUGGAUAAAUCUCUGGAGUGCAUCAUCCAGCGAGUCGACAAGCUGCUCCAGAAAGAGAGGAGGCCCAGCGACGCCAGUCAGGACAGUACCCAGAGUGACCUGCAGGGCGGCGGCAGUAAGAAAGAUAACGGGGGAAAAAGACGAGCGUUCUGGAUCAACCCAGGAAAUAUGUCAGAGGAAUCUCCAUCCUCCUCAUCCUCAUCCACACUUCCACCUUCAUCAUCACCUCCUCCACCACCUUCCUCAUCCUCUCUGCCUGCCCUCUCCUCCACUCAUCCAGAACACGAGUCCUAUGGAAGCCCCGGUGCUGAGGAGGCGUACCCAGGUGAGUGGAGCGAGGCCUUGUACCCUCUCCUCACCACGCUCACCGAGUGCGUCGCCAUGAUGAGCGACAAGGCCAAGAAGUCCAUGGUCUUCCUGCUGAUGCAGGACAGCGCCCCGACGAUCGCCAUGGACCUGUCGCUGCAGUACCGCCGAGACGUGGUCUUCUGCCAGACGCUCACCGCUCUCAUCUGCGGCUUCAUCAUCAAACUGAGGAACUGUCUCCGUGACAACGGAUUCCUCCGACAGCUCUACACCAUCGGCCUCCUGGCUCAGUACGAGUCCCUGCUCAGCACCUACGGGGAGGAGUUGUCCAUGUUGGAGGACAUGAGCGUCGGCAUCAUGGAUCUGAGGAACGUCACCUUUAAGGUGACCCAGGCCACCGGCAGCUCGGCGCCCGACAUGCUGCCGAUCAUCACCGGGAACCGAGACGGUUUCAACGUCCGCAUCCCGCUGCCGGGAACCAUGUUCGACGCUCUGCCCCGAGAGAUCCAGAGCGGCAUGUUGCUGAGGGUCCAGCCGGUGCACUUCAACGUCGGCAUCAACGAGCAGCAGACGCUGGCGGAGAAAUUCGGAGACACGUCCCUGCAGGAGAUCAUAAACCUGGAGAGUCUGUCCAGGUUGAAUUCGUACUACGAGCAGUUCAAAGAAGUCCUGCCUGAGGACUGCCUCCCCAGGUCUCGUUCUCAGACCUGUCUCCCCGAGCUGCUGAGGUUCCUGGGGCAGAACGUUCACGCCAGGAAGAACAAGAACGUGGACGUCCUGUGGCAGGCGGCCGAGAUUUGUCGCCGGCUGAACGGCGUCCGCUUCACCAGCUGCAAAAGCGCCAAAGACCGCACGGCCAUGUCGGUGACGCUGGAGCAGUGCCUGAUCCUGCAGCACGAGCACGGCAUGGCGCCGCAGGUCUUCACGCAGGCGCUCGACUGCAUGCGCAGCGAGGGCUGCAGACGGGAGAACACCGUGAAGAACGUGGGAAGUCGGAAGUACGCGUUCAACUCGCUGCAGCUCAAAGCCUUCCCCAAACACUACCGGCCCCCCGACGGCACCUACGGCAAAGUGGAAACCUGAUUGGACCGCACAGACCGGUGUGUUGGGAUGUUUCCGUUGUAUUGGACCAGUGAGUUCAGGGAAGCCACGACAUGAAACUGGGCAGAAUCAAGACAAUCCAGACCCGGAUCAGUGGGCCAUCACGUCGCCCCCGGCUGUUCCAGAGGCUUUGGAUUUGGUUUGUUUGGAGAUUUUUCCGACUGAACCCACAGAUUUCUACGAGCUCGGUGUAAUAACUGAUUGUACUGUAGCACUGUCUUAUGUCACGUGACACAACACAAGAAUGUUGCCCCUGGUAGCUCUUUACUUAGAAAUGACCGCCACUGCCUCCUGAUCAAAGACUGAUGUAAUCAUUAUGAGCUUCACAGAUAUUAUUGUGUACGAAAAUCAAGACAAACUAGAAUAACUCAUUAAAACAGACAAAUCUCUCAUUUAAAAACAUAGUUCCAUCUUUAAAUACUGUUUCCCCUUCAAAGUCGUUGAAGAAUGUGCUGUGAGGCCCUCUUAACUUCUGAAGUGCCCUUAAGCAAGACGUUAAACCCCCACCAGCGUGACGGGGGGGAUGAAUCUGUGGCGACAAGUUUUCAUCCAAUCUUUCAAGUGAAUACAUUCGGUCAAACCAAACAUUUAAAGUCUUAAUUUCCAUUUGUUAGGACGUUUUUUUAAUAUUUUUCUUCACACAGUUUUGAUUUUAUAGUUUUUUCUCUAUAGUGAUCUGAUCUUUACAAUUUUUUUGUGAUCAAUAAAAUACAGCUCGUUUAAGGUCAAUAAAUCUGACCUCAAAUAUUGAGUAAUGUUAAAAUAUUCCUAAAUAUGAUUAAGAAUUGAUUUAUGCGUAUUUAGUUUCUAUGCAAAAUGUUUUCAUAGGGAUUGUGGAUUUUAAGGAGGCUUCACAGACACAAUGUUAAAAAGCAGCUAAAACUUUCAUUCAGGUUCAAAACAACAUUUUGGGCAUUUUAUUUGUUUUUAAUCACACUCCUGCAACAUUCAUCUGCAAUGAUCUGUUUGUACCACCAGGAGGCGCCGUUACUCUGCACUGUAAAGCCUCCACGGUUUGUCUGGCUCCAUCAUAUGUGACCCGUUGAGUAAAAAGCAUUUCACUGUAACAUGAACCAAACUGUCAGACUGUUAUUCUGCUGCCGUCCACAAACUAAUGCAUCUGUCACUCAGCACAGUUUCUAUUCUGUAGCAUCGUGAUAUAUAGAGACUUUAUUAUUAGUCAUUAUUAAAAUAGAGAUAAAAAAAAUGGCCACUAACAAAUGGGUAUUUUCCUUGUGCGGUUUUGUAAUUUAUCACUUAACAAAAUGUAUUUAUCAGCAUUAAAUGAUCAUUUAAUCUCAAUGUGUUGUCAAGACAACGUGUCCUGAGUUUCAUAAUGAGCCAAAUGAACCAGAUUUCUAUUCCUCGAAUGAGAUCAGAUCCACGAGUGAAUCUCUGGGAAAUCGUUGCAAAACUAGACACAUAACAAUAUUUCAAGAGAGUGAAAACCUGGAUCUGCACCAAAAUCGGAUGAGUUGCUCCCGGACUCCGACCGCAGCCGCUCACCACGAUUCAAGGAAACCACUUCUUGUUUCUGUGGAAUCCGGCUCUUUCAUAACCAAUUAUGCGAAGCUAAUAAAAAUGCAAUUUAGUUAUGAAAA